CACCUGCACCUGUGCUGUCACACCUGAGCUUCUUAAGCACUGAUCAGACUUUGCCCCUCGUGUGUCUGACAGACACUCCAGUCUGAUUCCUGAACAUGAUCUAACACACACACAGGAGUUGUGAUCUGGUAAGAUGUAUAGAGAUUCGAGUGUGUACGGCUGGACCGGCAGUUACGCAGAAUCUCUGCGCUCGACUGACACGACUGAUGACUCUUCUGUGAUGUCCAGUUUAUCCAGACCCAGCGCUAAAUCUAUAUACUUGCAGAGGAAGGAUUACACUGACUCUAUAAACAGACAGAUGCUUGAUUGUCAGUUCCGUGUGGAGCAUCUGUUCACGUGUGAGCUGGACGGUCAGCAGAUCUCUUCUGUAGAUGAUGUUGUGGAAAGACUGAAGUUUCUGGAGGCGACGGGUCGUGUGUGGGGUCAAGAUGUUCUUCUGGAGACUGGAGACGGAGCGCUGCUCCUCAAAGACAUCGAGACAAAGGUGAAUCACCUGAGUGCUCAGAUGACUGAUGUGUGGUGUUGUGAUGUGUUUGUGUGUGUUCAGGAGGAGCUGGAGUCGUGGUCCUUCAGGAGUGUUGUGGAGUUGAGGGCCGUGUUGGACGCCGGAGGUGUUUUUGAUUCUCUCUUGACUCUGUGUGUUCAGAACGACACCAGUCGUGUCAUCAGCGUGUUUCUCUUUCAGUGUGAAUCUCUCAGGGCCGAUUAUCUGAAGAAAGAAGUGGAACGUCUCCUGCACCACAGACAGAGUCAGAUCACCAGUAAAAAUGCUCCGGGAAACAUCCGACAAAGACGAAACGCAGCGCCGGAGAUGAUCCCACAGAAACCUCCAGAACACUGGAGCGCUCCAGAUUAUGAUGAUGACAGCCAGACUCCGCCCCUCUCCAGAAACACGUCUACGUAUAUCCAGAUAGACCCUUCUCCGGCCACGCCCCCUGCCCCAGCCCCGCCCCCUCAGAGGCCGUACACAGAAGGAGACAGAGAUGUGGACAUUCUCAAUCAUCUGAUUAAUGACAUCGAGGCGUUCGCUGACAGAGUGACAGCUGUCGCUCCAAAGACAAAUAAACAGAAGAAGAAGAAGAAGAAGGGAAACAAGAGAGUGAAGGGAAUGGCGUCAGAUGAAGAGUUCACUGUGUGUCUUCAGAAGAUCAAGAUGGCGUUUAAUCUUCUGGCCAAACUAAACAACAAGAUACAAAACCCCAGCGCUCCUGAUCUCACACACUGUCUCUUCACUAUACUACACCUGAUUGUGUGUCAGUGUGGUGAAGAUCUCCCGCAGACGGUUGUUGCUCCUCUGUUAGAACCUCAGUGUGUUUUGCUCUUGAGUGAACACGCGACACCUGAAGAAGACAAACUGUGGCAGUCGCUGGGAGACCCCUGGAACAUCCCCAGCACAAAGUGGCCGGAGGAUGAUGAAUUUAUUCCCACAUUCACACCUGUGUUUGAUGACGGCUGGACGCCUCCAGAGAUCAGAAACCCUGAAACCACCGUCACAAACACACACCACAACAGAGAACCACAACCACAGGCUGUCACACGACAAAUGAGUUACAAACCAUGGCAGGAACAAACACAACAAAGUGCAGAAGAGGAGCCGGCUAUGAGUUACCUGCGAGCCAAAUUUGAUUUCACGGCUCGUAAUGAUCGAGAACUUACAGUCAGUAAAGGAGAAGAACUACAGUUGUUGGACAUGUCUAAGCAGUGGUGGAAGGUGAGGAAUCGAUUGGGUCGGGUCGGUCAUGUGCCCAACAACAUGCUUCAGUCUCUGGACGAGCAGAAGAGUGAACAUGUGUCUGCGUCUGCAGCCGUACUCAACAAGAGAUCUGGACCGGAGGAGGUGCGCGCCUGGCUGGAGCACAAGGCCUUCAGUAAGAUUACUAUUCGUUGUUUAGGGGGUCUCAGCGGGUCCAUGUUGUUGGGAAUGACACGUGAUGAGUUGAAAGUGGUGUGUCCAGAGGAAGGCGGAAGAGUUUACUAUCAACUGCAGAAUGUGAAAUCAGCCCUCGCUAUGGCCAGUGCAGUGACUCCAAUGAUCUGAACUGAUCAACACACAUCAUCACGCUGAAUCAAUCUUAUUUCUCACAGUGUUGAUAUGUGUGACAUAUAAAACACAGAACAGUGUUGGGUGUAACUAGUUACUAAGUAAUUAGUAACUGUAUUUAAUUACUCUUACCUUGAAAAAGUAAAGUAAGGGAUUACUCGUAUGUUUUCUGUAAUAUACAGUUACUUUUGAUGUAAUUAAACUAAAUACUUUGUGAAAUAUAUGCGUGUGCAAUAGUGUAAUUGACAUCAAAAUUCAAAGUCUUACUUUAAAAUCUGUGCUUUAAUGUAUAAUUCUCACAUUUGUAAUACUUUGGUCAGUUAAUAUUAUUUAUUUGAACGAAUUAAAUAAGCCGUUUCAUGUCUAUCCUUUAAUCACUUAACUAAGAUUGAUGUAUGAUAUAGAAAGUAAUUAGUAAUGAGUAACUAAAUAGUUUUUGGACAGAGUAAUUUGUACAGUAAUCUAAUUACACUAUUGAAUAUGUAAUGAGUAACUAGUAAUGAAUUACUUUUUCAGAGUACCUUACCCAACACUGACACAGAAGACAUGACGUUGAGGUUUUAUUGAGUGUAAUACUGUCAGCACAUCAUUCACAGUGAACUGUUAGUGUAAUAACAGACAGCGUUUGUCAUGUCAUGUGUGUCAUGCUUUGGUCUGCGGUCUAGUUUUAAUAAAUCAUGCUGUCAAUAG